AUGGCCUGCCUCCGAAUCACCACCUGCCGGGUCCACCUCGCCGGCGACGACGACACGGCCGAGCUCGAGCCUUCCUUCGCCAGGGUCCACAUGGAUAUGGCAAAGCCCUCCGCGACUAGCAGGCCGAGCCUUCCGUCCGAAGACGUGGCCAGGAGGAGCCCCUCGUCGAGGCCAAAGCAGAGUGGCCAUGUCGACCAAGCGUCAGCGAGCUCGCGCACGCAACAACGCCACGGCGGUGGAGUCAGCGCCGCCGCUGUCCAGCCCGCUCCGACGUCGCGACCAUCGUCCGCUGAUCCAAGCCCUCCGAGCCCGCCCGCGGCGCCAUCCUCGACCCAGCCUUCCGCCGCCGCCGCCUCGCCUCCGGCGCCGGCGAACGAGAAGCCAAAUGAGUCGCCAUCAGAACUCAACCUGGGAUCCAAAGAAGCCUUCGUCCUCAGCCGCGACAAGAAGUUCAAGCGAAUUCGAGGCGCUACCCCGAACCCUUCCGUUUUACCUUCAUGUGUUAGGAAUGAACUAGGCAGUGGGCACUCCAUCAUCUUCAAGAACUGUCUUUGA